GGAGACAAAUUUAGUUUAAGGGCGAGCCUCAAAAUGGUGGAUGGAAGUGAAAUCACUUCCGGAGUAUUGACACUUUCUUGUCUUUCCAUCAAAAGAAUGAUAUAAAUGCUGAAAGAAAGGAUUGAUCGAAAACAUUCAUUUACUUUAUUUUAGUUUAAAAUAAUAUUGAUUACUUGAUUUUCUGUUUCAUGAUGAAAUGACUAAAUCAUCGAAUAAAAUUGAAAAAAUAACUCGUUCAGUCUUUGUCCACACUACUGUACAACGAGGGAUUGUGACUUAUCUUAUUAAUUAAAUUGUUGACAAUAAGGCAUGAAAUGGAAAUUAAUGUAAACCUGUAACUCAUAACUAGCAUUGCUUAUUUUUGAAAUUUUAAGUGUAAAAAUGCGAGAAUAUAAAGUUGUGGUGUUGGGGAGUGGAGGUGUAGGGAAGUCUGCUUUGACUGUUAAAUUUGUUUCCGGUACUUUCAUGGAAAAAUAUGAUCCAACAAUAGAAGAUUUUUACCGUAAGGAAAUAGAGGUUGACAAUGCACCCUCAGUGCUUGAAAUUUUAGACACAGCAGGAACAGAACAGUUUGCUUCCAUGCGAGACUUGUACAUAAAAAAUGGACAAGGUUUCCUGAUAGUAUAUAGUAUAACAAGUUUACAGACUUUCCAAGAUAUAAAAACAAUGAAAGAACAGAUAAUAAGAGUGAAAGGAGUAGAUAAAAUUCCAAUGAUUCUUGUAGGAAAUAAAUGUGACUUAGAGCAUCAACGUGAAGUUCCUAUUCAAGAAGGUGCUACUCUUGCACAAACGUGGGGUUGUCCAUUUAUGGAAACCUCUGCUAAGAGUACAAACAACGUUAAUGAAGUUUUUAUAGAAAUUGUACGUGAAAUGAACACUAGUCCAGUGAAAGAAAAGAAAGGUUGUUGCACCUUAUUAUAACACUUCAGGAUAUUUAAUGUCAACCAACAUAUAACAUCUGUCAAG